UCCCGAUGAAGAAAAUCAAUUGAUGACAUUCAGUAGUUCUCGAACCAUAUUUGGAUAGUUUCAAUGGCAGAGGCUAAAUAUUAAACAUCAUGAGAUAAUAAUAACUGAAAAUCUACAGUGGUAUUAUUUUCAAGUUAAAUUUUACGGUGAAAGAUAACUACGUGUGUAUAUUUCAUACUACACUAACGACAGCGAGAUUUGGCCAGGAGUUAAAUUGGACACAAGUCAUGUGUGAAAAAUAUCGGACCAAUCCAUAACUACGUUGUGCUAUUUUAGUAAUUCUAUACGAGUCAAAAUUAGGGAUGGAUUUGGAUGACCUACAAGCACUCGUAAUAGACAACGGAUCAGGAAUGUGUAAAGCAGGGUUUGCAGGAGAUGAUGCUCCUAGGGUCGUGUUUCCGUCCAUUAUUGGCAGACCUAAAUACUCGCAGACUAUGUUUGGGGGAUAUGCGAAGGACAGUUAUAUAGGUGAUGAAGCCCAAAGUUUGAGAGGAAUUCUAUCCUUAGAAUAUCCAAUAAAACAUGGAAUAGUUAGUAAUUGGGAUGAUAUGGAAACAAUCUGGCACCACACUUUCCAUAACGAAUUAAGAGCAUCACCAGACGAACACCCUGUUUUAUUAACUGAGGCACCACUUAAUCCGAAAAUCAACAGAGAAUUAAUGACACAGAUUAUGUUUGAAACAUUUAAUACGCCUGGAUUUGCGGUUGCACUGCAGGCAAUUCUGGCCAUCUAUGCUUCUGGGCGAGGUAAUGGAAUAGUGCUUGAUUCUGGAGAUGGUGUAUCUCAUGUUAUACCAAUAUAUCAAGGUUAUACAGUGCCAUACGCCAUUGAUAGACUGGAUUUAGCAGGGAAAGAUUUAACUGAAUAUUUACAACGUAUACUAAAUGAACGUGGAUAUAGUUUCACAACAAAAGCUGAAUUAGAGAUAGUUCGGGAUAUAAAGGAAAAGCUUUCUUAUAUUGCUGAAGACUUUUCAGCAGAAAUGAACAAAGCAGAGUGUACAUCUAUGUUAGAAAGUAGUUAUGAACUACCAGAUGGUCAAGUUAUUACGAUCGGUGAUGAAAGAUUUCGAUGUCCAGAAGUUUUAUUUCAACCCUCACUUGCUGGUAGAGAAGAUGAAGGUAUACAUAAGAUGAUAUAUGAUAGCAUUAUGAAGUGUGAUAUUGAUUUUAGAGGAGAUUUUUAUACUAAUAUAAUUAUAUCUGGAGGAAAUACAAUGUUUCCUGGUAUAGAAGAACGAUUGACUAAAGAGAUGUCGAGCUUGUUUCCCAAUAAUAGGGUAGUUAAGGUUGUUUCUCCACCAGAGAGAAAAUAUUCCGUGUGGAUUGGUGGAUCAAUUCUGGCAUCUUUGUCAACAUUUGCUACCAUGUGGAUCACAAAACAGGAAUACAAUGAAUGUGGACCAAGUGUUAUUCAUAGAAAAUGUCUUUGAUGGUACCUCAAUAAUAUAAUAUGUAAAAAGAGUUUCAAUAACUAAAAACUAAUUGUGGAUAUUCGCAUAAAUAUAUGGGUGGGGAAGUGCUCCAAUGUGUGUGCUAUGUGGUCGUCUGCCUACCUUCAUGGUUUUCUACAGCGAAAAGUAUCGAAUGGACGUUAAAAUACAUGUACUUUAUGUAUUCGUUUCUUACUGUUUAGUUCAUGUACUGUACAAUUCGCGAGUCUGGAGAAAAUCAGAACAAUAAAAAACUACAUACAUUAAAGAUCUGAUUUUGUUAUAAUGAGUUUGGGUCAAAUAGCUAGGCAACGAUUGUGAAAUUUAAAUGGUAUAUAAUAUGUUUAACGAAAAAAUUAUGACUAUUUUUCUCAUACAAUAACAUGAAGUGUCUCAAGAACGUAGGUUUCUAUAUUGUUGACUAUGGAAAGGGCUGUGAUAUUUCAUUUUUUUUAAUAUGACAUAAUUAUAUAUUUUUCAUGAAGAUUGUUUGUGUACACGGUUAAAUCAAUAUACAUGUGCAAUAAAA